AUGAAACUUGUAGGAAGAGCAAAACUCCAUUGGGAUAGUGUUGUCAACCACCUCCGUAAGACCCGCCAACCACCCAUAACUCUUUGGGAAGAAAUGAAGGCCAAGCUCAAUGAAAAGUACUUCCCAGUCUCUCAUCAAGGCAACUUGUUGGAUCAAUGGCAUGAUUUGAGACAAGACAAUAGGUCUGCUACUGAGUAUGUAGAACAAUUUGAAGAGUACAGGAUACGUAGCAAUGCAACUGAGGAUGAGCCAAUUACCUUGAGUAGAUGUAGGAAAGGUCUCAAUUAUGAUCUUCAAAGAGAAUUGGUGGCUCGACAAAUCUCAACUCUUGAUGAUGCUUAUACCUUAGUGCAAGAUUUAGAACUGAUCCCUAGGCCCCAAAGUGGAAGGAGAUUUGACAAUCGCAUGUUGCCUCGCAACAAUUUUGAUGGCCCCCAAGGUAGAUACCUCCAAGGUACCCAAAAUAGGUCUUAUCUCAACAACAGACCCUUACACAUAGAAGAAAAUCCUCAGGGUAGAUACCAACAAGGUCCUCAAACUAGACCCAAUCCCAACAAUAGGCCCUUACGCCCAGAAGACAAAGGGAAGAGUGUGGUUAGAGAGACAUUUAGGCCAAAUUCUAGAAUCCAGUGCUUUAAGUGUCAAGGCUUUGGUCAUAUGGCUGCCCAAUGUCCUAAUAAGACUUUGUUGAUUGAAGAAUUGGAUGGAGAGGAAGAGGUAGAAGAAGUAGUCUAUGAGCCUAACAUUGAAGACAUUGUAGAAAUAGGAGAGGAUGAUCCCACCCAAUUAGCUUGCAUUAGAGCCCUACCAUCUUUUGAUAACCUCAACAAAGGUAGUCUUGAUACUCCUGUAAUGAGUGUUGUUAGGUGUGCUCUAGCACAGUCCGAAGAAAGUGAUGAUUGGAAAAGAAAUACUAUCUUCCAAACCUUUGUCAAGUGUGGAACCACAAAUUGCAAGGUUAUCAUUGACAGUGGAAGUUGCAUUAAUGCAGUUUCUUCUAAACUUGUCUCCCUCCUAGGUUUGAAGUUAGUUGCCCAUCCUAAGCCCUAUAAGAUUUCUUGGGUAGAUGAUUCAUCUAUCACCAUCAAGGAUAGGUGUCUUGUUCCUAUUAAUAUCCUCUCAUACAAGGCUCAGAUUUCAUGUGAUGUGAUUCCAAUGGAUGUAGGACACAUAAUUUUGGGACGACCAUGGCUCUAUGAUUUAGAUGUCACUCUUUAUGGUCGCUCGAACUCUUGUUCCUUCAUGCACAAUGGACAAAGGAUUAAACUUAACCCAGUCAAAACUAAGUUUGUUAGCGCAAGUAAGGCUAGAGAAGAGCCCAAAAAGCAAAGUAUGAACCUCAUUAGUCCAAAAGAACUUGAAAGAGCUGUCAAUCAAGACUCCAUCAUCUUUGCUUUGGUUGUUAAGGAAAUUGCACUAGACAACUUUGAAGAACCAAGAAAAGAAGUACGGUCAGUGCUUCAAGAGUUCCAAGAUGUUUUCCCUAAGGAGCUUCCAAAUCAAUUGCCUCCUAUGCGUGAUAUUCAACACGCCAUAGAUCUUGUCCCGGGAGCAGCACUCCCAAAUUUGCCCCACUAUAGAAUAAGCCCUCCUCAACAUGAUGAGAUGGUUAGACAAGUGGAUGAGCUCUUGCAUAAAGGAUUUGUGCGUGAAAGCUUAAGCCCAUGUGCAGUCCCUGCACUCUUGACCCCAAAGAAAGAUGGAUCCUGGAGAAAGUGCGUGGAUAGUCGCGCAAUCAAUAAGAUAACUGUGAAGUAUCGUUUUCCUAUCCCUAGGUUAGAUGAUAUGUUUGAUAUGAUGUCAGGAGCCACAAUCUUUUCAAAGAUUGAUUUGAAAAGUGGAUACCACCAGAUUAGGAUUCGCCCAGGUGAUGAAUGGAAGACUGCUUUUAAGACAAAAGAUGGUCUAUAUGAGUGGCUUGUGAUGCCUUUUGGGUUAUCAAAUGCUCCUAGUACUUUUAUGAGAAUGAUGACACAAGUACUAAGGCCUUUCAUGGGCAAAUUUGUGGUAGUGUACUUUGAUGACAUCCUCAUUUAUAGUAACUCAAAAAAGCAACAUUUGGACCAUCUUAAACAAGUUUUGUGGUUUCAUCUAAAGGAGUUUCUGCUGACCCACAAAAGGUCAAAGCCAUAG